UGCUAGAAAAAAAGUUGCGCCACAACAUAUAAUAUUUAAACAAUCAAGAUACACAAGUUGAGUAAAUACCUGGAAUUUGUAAUUACAAAAGCGUAUUUUUUUAAGCAUCGUAUCUCCGCAAACCUUUAUAUAUAGGGGACUGUAACUAUCCACGUUGAUCUGUGCAGCGAAAUGUGGGUAACGGUGCUCGCUCUUCUAGUUGCUAGCGUUGGUGCCGAAUCGGGGCAUUGGAAUGAAAAAGUCCUCGGAGGAGCUACAGCAAGCGAUGGAAAGUUUCCAUUUACUGCUUCCUUACAGGAUGCCAACAAUAAGCAUUACUGCACUGCUGCAAUUAUCUCGAAGAAAUGCAUAAUUUCGAACGCUGCAUGCAGUAUAACCGCACAAGCGAACAACUUUCGUAUAGUGGUCGGAGCAAGUAAGUUAAGCGCUGGUGGCACCGUAUACCAAAUUGGCUCGAUUGUUAAGCCUGCAACUUAUAACGAAACAAGUUUUCUUCAUAAUAUAGCAGUUAUAAAACCUACAAAAGACAUCGUGUUUAACGAUAAAAUUAAACCAAUUCGUUUAACAAACAAAAUUACGCCGCCGAGAACAUCGGUUACUUACACAGGUUGGGGUAUGACGAAAUACCCCGAUACUACAAUGUCCGAUACCUUGCAGUACAUAAGCUUGGUUAUACAGGAAGGAAAGGAUUGCGAUAGCGGUACAGUUCCCGGUUAUCCAAAUGAACGUAAAUUGUGCACUGCCACUGCUCCGGGUGUUGGGUUAUGCAAGGGCGAUCUUGGCGGGCCGUUGAUCGAGGCAAACAGCCUUGUGGGUGUAUCAUCGACCCUUUACGAAUGCGCCCAAGGUAAUCCAGAUACGUAUGAAGACAUAUUCAGCUGGCGCGAUUGGAUUCGUUCACAGUGUGAUAUUCCGUUCUGUAUAUAAUGUCUCAUUAGGGUUGGGCAUACUUACAAUGAUAUAGUUAGAUAAUGAGUUACGUGUCUUAAACAAAUACAAGUGUGCUGAUCUUGAA